AUGCUAGGCCUGGUGGAGACCAAGAGACAGUUAGUGACUAAAUUUGAUAUAGCAAAAAUUUGGGGAAAUAGUUGUGCGGGGUGGGACUUUGUUGAAUCUAAUGGUGUUUCUGGUGGGUUGCUGUUAAUAUGGGAUGAUGAUUUUUUUAAAAUAAGAAAUAGCCACAAAGGGGAGAGAUGGUUGUGUUUUGAAGGAGAGGUAGUGAAAUAUAAUUUCCAGUGUGCUUUUAUUUUGGUAUAUGGUGCGCAUGAUAGAAAUGAGAAGCUUACUGUUUGGGAAGAGUUGAGUUACAUAGCAGGAUUAUGCCAGGUUCCCUGUUGCUUCAUGGGAGAUUUUAAUGAGAUUGUACAGGUCGAAGAAAGACGGGGCACUGAUAGCUUACCUCUGUCAGCUGAAGACUUCAAGCAUUGGAUACAGGAUAUGGGGGUGGUGGACUUACCGAUUAAUGACCGUAAUUUUACAUGGUUCAGAGGCCGAUCAUGCAGCCGGAUUGAUAGGGUCCUAGUUAGCCUGGAAUGGCUGGAAAAGUUUCCAGAGACUCGACUACAUGGUGGUCCUAGGGGCUUGUCUGACCAUUGUCCUAUUAUAGUGGAAGACAGGAGGUAG